UUUGUGAAAUAGCGUAGUAUUUGCGUCGGGGCGGCUGUGUUUAUGGUGUAAAAUAAUGGAAAUGUGCAGUUUUUGAAUGCAUUUUUGCGACUCAGUGUAUUGUUUCUGUGCGAACACAUGAAAAGGUCUUGAUUGGUACCCCACUAGUUACAGUAAUUAGUCCUUUAUCUGAUAUCUCGCUCAAAGGUUCCAUAAUGGCCGGAUAGCCUUCACCUGCCAUCACCCUAACCAACGUUCACCUCUCUGCCGCUUCUGCCGGCCUCCCUGCGGCGGGCUCCUCGGCGCCGGCGAUGCCGCGCUACUCCCACAAACGGCCGGCGGCGGCCCACACUGCCAGCAUCCAGUUUGACGCGGGAGGCGUGUCAGACAGGAAGCCCACCGCCGCCAAGUCUGCCGGCACACUCGGCAAGUGGGGAGUCACCAGCUUCACGUCCAUCCGCUCCAGCAUCGUCAAUGGCUCUUCCCACGAUGGCAGUUCGUCAGACGCCCGGGCGGGCCGCUCACCGGCGGCCCCGCCAGCCGAUCCGUUCUCGUUUGAGAGCAACACGCCCGGCGCAGCUCCCGUGAGAAAGGUGAAGAAGUUUUUCAAAUCGCGCAAUGCGCCCCCGGCGACUGGUCCAGCUGUCACGGACGCGCGCCGUCAGCUGCCUAUGACCCGUCCGGUGCCUCAGCCGCCGGCGCCGCCCCCUGCCGCGCUCCAUGACGAUAAGGAUGAGCUGGAGAGUAAGAAGUUCUUCAGUUCUCCGGCCCUGCCCCAGCCGUUGAGGGAUACAACCACCAAUCGAGCAAACUCUCUGAGCCCCAGGGAGCCCCCGGCAGCGCCGCAGGCGCCCCGUAUGCCUCCUCUGAAGCUGCGCAUCUCCCGUGACAAGGACACGGGUGACCUGACGGCGGUGAGCGGGUCACCACCAGAUGGCAGUGGCGGCGGCGGCGCCAGGAGGCGGCGCCCGCCCGCCGCGCCGGCGCCGCCGCAGCCGACCAAGGCAGCCAGGUACAAAUCGCCUCCCCCGCCUCGCGUCGUCUCUCCGGACCCUCCGUCGCCGGCGGCGGACCCCGCUCCGCCUGCCGGCACUGGCGACGAGGAUGAGAUCGGCGGCCGACCGGUGCGACGCACCAGACGGGCCGCGGCGGUGGAGGCGCGGCAGAAAGUGGCCAAGUCGGUCUAUGUGGAGGAGGAGGAUGAGGAGCUGGUGGCGCUUCCCGUGCGGGGAAGGAGAGGACAGAAACGUCGGCCAUCGUCCGGGGACCUGUCCUCCGCGCCCGCCCCUGCUGUUCCGGCUACUGCGCCGGCUACAGUGCCAGAGCUGGAGCCUGUCUCGGAGGAUACCACGCCAGUUUCGGACCCAGCUCCUCCUCCAGUGGAGUCCCCUGUCUCAGGUGCGGAGGUUCCUCCGAAUGGUGUGGAGUCUCCUGAAGCGGAGAUGCCCCCGUCGGAGCCCUCUCCUCCGCCGCCACCGACGCCGCCUUCACCGCCAUCGCCGCCUCCGACGCAGCCGACAACUCGAGAGACACGGAGGCAAGGUGUGUCGACAAAGCCCUCGGCUGCUCCGUCACCGACCAAAAUGCCAGUUCUGACGCCAGCGCCAACCCUGGUCCAGCACCCGACACCGACGGGUGCAACAUUGGCUUCCACAGCUGCAGCGGCGGUGGCUUCGACUGCUCCAGCAGCUGUAGAGUCAAAACGUCCUGAAGUCCCAGCGCCGCCGGUAACGGGAUAUCAGCCGCCACAAGCCGCGCCACAACCAGAGGUGCGGCAGACGCGGUCUUCUUCUCAGCCUACAAGUCAACCUACAACUCAGCUACCAAACCCGACUCCCAGCCCUGCCGCUGCUCCGGCAGCGCCGCCGGCUCCGUUACCUGCAAUCAGUGAUCAGGGCUCCGAGCCGGUAAAUCUGAGCACCAGACAACCCGCUGCGGAUCUGGAGAGGGAGCUGAGUAAUCUGUUCGGUGAGACACCGACGCCGGCUCCUGUGGCGGCCCCGGCGGCCCCGGCAGCAGAGGAGCCCACAUCGAGGGUGUACAGAAAAGGCAUCAAGGACCUGGGCCGGUACCAGCGAACACAGGAGACGCGCCCCUCCCCUGCUGCCCCUGCGGUCAGCGGGCCCAACAGCCCUCAGCCGUACAAAGACCUCGAGCGACAACUGGAGCUAAUGGAGUCUGGCCGGGCCGCUCCCGCCUCGGUAUCUACCCCGGCCAGUGUCAUUGGUUCAGACAGCGGGGUUGGUGGUUCGUCUCAGGAGUCCGACUCGGUACCCUCUAUGACUAGAGCGAGCACUGAGCCCGUGUUAGCCCCCAGCGGGCGGUCCUCCGCCCCCACCACAGCGGCCGCUGCUACAGAGAAGGCGGCUCCGUCCGAGCCCAAGAAAGGGUCCAUUUUUAAGACACGGGCCGGACAGGGUAGGGCGGCACGGGCGAGGUAUAACCACAGAUGGACCGAUGAUAAAGACGAGGCGGCGCCGCCGGCGGCCGCCGCGCCAGCGCAGAACAACGACACCCCGUCGGCGGCGUCGGCGCUGGACUUUACCGACGACCCCCCGCCGCCCUCCGGUCCGGGAGGCAGUCUGAACAGCCGUCUAACGCGAGUCAGCACCUGGCACGGGGCGGAUCCCAACAGUAGCCAACAGCCGGUGACUAGCGUUCGGGUCGACAGAAAUGCCAAGGAGUAUUAUACGGUGAUCAAGAACGUGAAGAAGGCGUACCAGAUCCAGGAGUUUGGAGAGUUCCAGGAGUAUAACGACGACAUCGACUAUAUCAUGGACGCCCUCCAGCCCACCAACAGCUUAUCGACAAGGUGUCUCUCGGCUACCCGACUGGCGGGCAAGUGCAUGGUACCGGCGUUUCGAAUGCAUCUGCGGGCCCACGGCACGGUCACCCGGUUCUUUGCGGCGCUCUCUGACGCGCCCUCCGACCCGUGUUUGUCGCUGUGCACUUCUGCGGUGAUGUUUAUACUGAGUGAAGAUCAGCUGAACAUGGAUCUGGACAAGAGCAGCCUGGAGCUGAUGCUGAGUCUGCUGGACUCUGACGUCACGGCUAGUGACUCAGACGACUCGAACGCCGAGCUGCGCAAAAACCGCGCCAAGGUCCGUGAGCUGUGCGCUCAGCUACAGCGGCAGGGCCAAGCCAAACAGCUACGCCUGGACAACAUCACCGCUGGCCAUCUGUCCAUGGAAACGCUGCUCAGCCUCACCUCACAGCGGGCCGGUGCCUGGUUCAAGGAGGAGCUGCGGGAACUGGGCGGCCUGGACCGUCUGCUGGGUACGAUAUCGGAGAGCUGCGCCAACCUCCGUCUACCACAGCGACUGAGACACCAGAGGGACUGUAUAGCCAGGAUCAGCCGGUGCUUGAGGGUCGUGGAAAACGUAACCAGCCGAACGAAGAGGAACCAGCAGUACCUGCUGCGAGCCGGUGGCGAGGCGGUGGCCAGCCUGGGCAGCUGUUCCAGAUGGCAGAGACCGAACUGGCAGACUGCUCGCCAGCGUUCCAG